AUGAAUAAAAAGCGUAUGAAAUACUUAAUUAUCACUGCUCCUCUAUUUUCCAGUCGAUUAUUCGAGUAUGGACUAAAUGCAGGAGACCAAGAACUACUUAAAAGUUUGGAUGUAACAAAAAAAAUAGUGCUCACUUAUCCAUUACGUUUUUAUGGUCUUGACACGUCAACCAUAUACAUCUCAAGUAAUGGUGGUAUUGGUGUGGAAAAAAAUAUACGAUCUUAUCAAGCAGGUGUUCUACCGAGUGAUCUGAAGUUGAUAGCAGUAUUCUGGAAUCGAAACGAUCUCAGAAGCGGUGGACAUGUUUAUUUCAGAGAAGUCACAGCUGGACGUGUCCUAGAACGUGGACAAAGUGAAAUUCGCUACCAAUAUGAUGAAAUUGCAAAAGUCAAAACUUGCUUAUUAGUUACUUGGGAAAAGAUGCAACCUCUUGGUGCCACGCCAUUACCUGAUGAUAAUACGAAUACAUUUCAAGUGGCAUUAUUUAUUACUGAUAACGGUACAUUUGUUAAUUUUAUAUACAAAAAUAUUGGCUGGACUCAAGGAGCUGAGGCUGGUUUUAACAAGGGUGAUAGAAAAGAAUAUUUCGCUUUGCCAACAUCCGGUACAGGUAAUAUCAUGUACUUGGAAGAGUACGGUAAUACGGGAAUUCCUGGAGAAUGGAUGUUCAAACUUGGAGAUGCAAAAGUAGAACGAUGUAAAGCGGGUAUUAAAGGAGACACCUGUGACGAAGAAUGUUCGGCAGGAGAAUGGGGCCCAGAUUGUGCACUAUGCUGCCACUGCGCGAGUGGUUCAUGCAACGCAAUAAACGGGGAUUGCGUUGGAGGAAAGUGCUCGAGCUGUUGGACAGGCCCGCCAUCCUGUCAACAAAAAAAAGACGACUGUCACGCUUUGGCAACGGAACAUUGCGUGCCAAACGCGAUAUCAUUCGCAGAUCAUGACAGAUGUGGUGAACCAAUCCAAAGGUGUCAGUGCUUGUCAGGGUUCAAAGGUGAUGGAUAUACGAAAUGCGAUGAUAUUGAUGAAUGCUCGCUGCCAAAUUCUUGCCAUCAAAAUGCGAUCUGCAAUAAUACUCCAGGACGGUACUUUUGUACAUGUGCAGAAGGUUUUAUUGGAGAUGGAAUUAAUGAAUGUACAAUCUCAUUACUGUAUUCCUAUCAUAGACACCAAGAAUUACCAAAAGAUAAGUCUGGAAAGUUGGUAUUGCACCUAAAGCAACCUCUUCGAAUUUUUGGCAAACAGUCAGAGCAGCUAACGGUUUCGUCGUUUGGCAUUAUCUCCAUAGAUGAUGAUGAUAAUGAUGAUGAUGGUAGUAGAGAAAUAACGGCGAUUCCAAGACUUGCGUCAUCUGGAUUGCAUGGAAUAGCACCAUUUUAUGCUAAUAUUAACCAUCGCAGAGGUGAUGGUCGGAUAUUUGCUAAUGAGACAUUUGAUACAGAAGUAUUGUCAAGGGCUACAAAGACAGUAGUGAGUAAUACAGAUGACAAAAGUUUCAUGGCUACAAGUGCAGUCUUGGUGACUUUUAUCAAUGUGACAGGAAUCGAUCAGAUGAGCACAGGCAAUUCAUUUCAAAUAUUGCUUAUCGGUGGAACUAAUAAGCAACGUCAAAACAAAACUUAUGCCCAAUUACUGUACAAAGACUUGACAUGGAUUGAUAGAGCUGAGGCUGGUAUAUUGACAUAUGGUUCUAAAAACCCGUUAUUGUUACCUGGAUCAGGCACCGAUGAUAUAAUACAUCUUACCCGCGAUAGUAACAUUGCACAACCUGGACAGUGGCUAUUUCGUGUUGAUUCUGAUGAUGUACAAAUGUGUUUCCAUCCAAAUCUUGUCGCACCAUACUGUGAGGAGUACCAAGAUCAUCAGCCACAUCCUACUACUCUAACAUCGCCAAAAUUAGAAGAAAGUGAAAUAUCGGAUAAAGAAAAAUCUGAAGUAGUGGAUGAAGCAGAGAAUGAUGAACUGAUAGAAAUACCUGGACCCCAGGUGAUUCAACCGGUACUCGUAGAUCGGUUGCCAUCUGAUGCACAUUUACCAUCACAAAAGAAUAUUAUCAAAAGUAAUCAAGAAAUAGUGAAAAACCUUCCGAAUGUGACGCAAAAAAUCGCCACACCUCACGUGCCAUUGAUUUCACUAGACCGUCUCGAUAUCGAAGAUCUACCUCCAGAUGCAUUUGACAUUACUUUUCCGCCAUUUAUUACUGUUGUACCAAAACUUUUUACAUCUUCUAAUGUUGCCGGAAAAAGCGAAAUUGUUACGGGUGUUGAAAAUGAAGCGACAUUAUCAGAAAGUGGUAUCAGUACAUCCACGGAAAUAUCAGAAGAUGCUUUAUCCGCUGUCCAUACUAGUGUUGGAGGUAUAACGACUGAAGUGUUCACGAAAUCUUCCGAUUCUUGGCUAACAUCCACUGAAGUUACGAAACGUAUUAAGCAAGUUAAGCCAACAAAAAUUGAUUUUGAUUAUGAUGAUCGACAAACUCACAUCUUUGUUUCUGAUCGUAGUCCUACUGAAGAAAUGCCAGAAUCUGCGAUCGAUCAGCAACAGAAAAAAAUUCAGCCAUCUCAGAAAUCAACAGAAAAGGCUUUGCCAACAGAAGUUACAACUUUGGAUUAUGAGGAAAAUGACUUACUACAAUCCAUUACAACCAGUAAACCGCUCUUCAUUUUCACCACAAUCUCAAAGGUAAUAAACUUGCAGAAAAGACCAAUGCCAACGAAACCGAAAUUAAUCACAGCAUUUGGAACAUCGCUUGCUACACCUCAUGGCCCUUAUGAUAUUCGAAAUGACGUGAAAAUUGAAGCAUCUAGCAGUAGUUCGUUACGAGCGGAACGUCACUUCAGAGAUAUGUAUUUUCCGAAUCAUCAGCAGAUUUAUCCCAUCGGGACGGCUACAUAUGCUCUUCGGAAAGAUUCAAAACACUUCAAUGGAUCCUACGAAGACCAUCUUGAAAAGGCUGCAAGACUUAGCUCUGAACUCAGUUCUUAUAAUCAGAAUGGUCGCGUGUCAUUGUAUGGUUCUUACUGGAACCUAACACCUGGCAAUGCAUCAGCUAAUUCCACUAAUGGCUUAUCCACUAGUAACAGGCAAAGCCCUUAUUCACAAUACAGUACUCAGCAGGUUUUCAUAUUUCUUCAUAACUUUUAUUACAAUAAUAAUUGA